AUGAAGGCGCAUCCUGCUAUCAUGUUUCUACCUCACUACAUUCCGCCAUCUGGAUUUGUUGGCUCACUUUAUAAUCGUUCACCACAGGGCAAAGUCGCGGAGCUUAGAUUGGAAUUAAAUAGUGGUGGGAAGAAGGACAAGAACCAUGCCGCGAAGAAGAUUGCUCUGAAGAAGAUCGUGGCCAAUAUGACCAUGAGCAAUAAUGAUAUGGUAGCCCUGUUUCCGGAUAUUGUUGGCUGUAUGCAAAUACCAAGCUUGGAGAUUAAGAAAAUGUGCUUCUUGUUUUUGGUUAACUAUGCUCGUAUGAAGCCUGAGGUGGCUGUUAAGGCAUUGCCUACUCUGCAAGAGGCAAGUUUCUAUCUCGAUAUGAACGACUCCAAUCCCCUUGUGAGAGCUCUUGCCUUGCGCACGAUGUCAUAUAUCCAUGUCCGAGAUUUCGUCGAGGCCACAGUGCCACCCACAAAGCAACUUCUUCGAGAUGCAGACCCUUAUGUUCGCAAGACGGCCGCUUUCUGUGUCGCAAAACUAUACGAUCAUGACAGGCAUUUGGUUGAGGGCUCCGAUCUUAUUGACAGGCUGAAUUCGAUGUUGAGGGAUGAUAACCCGACGGUGGUGGCUAGUGCGUUGGCAAGUUUAAUGGACAUAUGGGAGAGGAGUGAUGCGAUUAAGCUCACCAUUGACUAUGGAAACGCUUCAAAGAUGGUUCAGAUUCUCCCGGACUGUUCCGAAUGGGGCCAAACAUAUAUUUUGGAAGCCUUAAUGUCAUAUGUUCCACAAGAAUCCUCCGAGGCUUUGUUGCUAGCGGAGCGCAUAUCUCCACGUUUAUCACAUUCAAAUUCUGCAGUCGUCCUUACAUGCAUAAGGGUAGUUCUAUACCUAAUGAACUAUAUUAAUGAUCAGAAGCAAAUUUCGGCAUUAUGUCGGAAGCUUUCGCCUCCUUUAGUCACUCUGUUGGCGAAGGGUCCGGAGGUUCAAUACCUUGCAUUACGGAACGCAUUGUUAAUAUUGCAAAGGAGGCCAGAAGUUCUACGAAACGAUAUUCGAGUAUUUUUCUGCAAAUAUAAUGAUCCUAUCUAUGUCAAAGUUACCAAACUGGAAUUGAUCUUCAUGUUGGCAAAUGAAAAGAACAUCCAAGAGGUUCUUACCGAAUUAAGAGAGUACGCCACAGAAAUUGACGUUCACUUCGUCCGCAAAUCAGUACGAGCAAUCGGAAAGCUUGCUAUCAAAAUCGAGCCUGCGGCUAAACAGUGUAUUAAUACAUUGCUGGAGCUAGUGGCCACAAAAGUCACCUACAUUGUACAAGAAGCAACGGUGGUCAUUCGGAACAUUUUCAGAAAGUACCCUAACCAAUACGAAUCUAUAAUUGGUACAUUGUGCGAGAAUCUGGAUUCUCUAGAUGAGCCUGAAGCUAAGGCAGCCAUGAUUUGGGUUAUUGGACAAUAUGCAUCUCGGAUAGAGAACUCUGAUGUGUUACUCGAAGAUUUCUUAUACUCCUUUGCAGAUGAGCCAGUGGAAGUUCAACUUGCUCUCCUCACUGCGACCGUUAAGCUGUUUAUUCAAAGGCCGACAAAAGGACAAGAACUCGUUCCCAAAGUGUUAAAAUGGGCCACAGAAGACACAGAUAACCCAGAUUUGCGAGACAGAGGCUAUAUGUACUGGCGUCUGCUCUCCUCUGAUAUGGCAACAGCGAAAGCCAUUGUUAUGGGUGAAAAGCCGCCUAUUACUGCUGAAUCGGAGAAACUCGAUCCUGCCACCCUUGAAGAAAUGUGCCUUAACGUUGGUACUCUGGCCACUGUUUAUCUUAAACCCGUCCAACAGGUAUUCCGAUCCGCUCGCCCACGUCGUCUCACAGACUCUCCCGCUUUACAAAAACAGCAUCUUCCAAAUUGGGACAUGGAUUCCCAAAAAUCACUGUCUGCAUUCGGAAACACCCAACCUAUGGUAAAGCCCAAUGGACAAGGCGAUCUAGCUGCAGCAGUUGAUGCAGCGGAUGCUUUUUUCGCCGGAGUUGGUCAACAAAUGGCAAGCAUGAAUUUGAAUGGGCAGGAUGAAGGAUUUGGUGGUAGUCCUAGUGUCGGCCGGAGCGAGAUGCAAUAUGUGGUUAAUCAAAAUGCACCAGAGCAGGUUUAUCAACCAGCAGUGGGACAGGGUUCUAAUGGUGAUUUACUUAUGUUUAAUUGA